AACCUGAAGAAGAAAAUGAAAGGAAGACAAAGCCUAACUCUAACAUGCACCACCGCCAUUGCAGCCUUGAUCUUCAGCCUCAUCCUCUCUCUUUGCUUAGCUCUCGCUGAAAUCCCACAAGAACCCACCAUACUCCAAGUCACAGAUAAUCUAAUCCCAACCUUAAAUAGGAAAUUCUCAAGAAAUUACAUUCACAAAGAGUUCCAAGUUUUCGUGGAAAAGUAUGGGAAGAACUACUCCACAAGGGAGGAGUACAUGCACCGCCUUGGGAUCUUCGCAAAGAACUUGAUCAGGGCUGCCGAGCACCAGGUACUUGAUCCCAUGGCUGUGCAUGGGGUUACACAGUUCUCUGAUCUGUCAGAGGAGGAAUUUGAGAGGCUUUACACUGGGGUGAAGGGCGGCAUGGGGGCGGCGGCGCCACGGUUGAUGGAUGGUGUUGGGAAGGAAGCAGAGAUGGUGGAGGUUGAUUGGUUGCCUGAGAGUUUUGAUUGGAGAGAGAAGGGAGCUGUAACUGAGGUCAAGAUGCAGGGCGCAUGUGGAUCAUGUUGGGCUUUUAGCACCACAGGGGCUAUUGAAGGAGCGAAUUUUGUAGCAACCGGGAAGCUUUUAAGUCUAAGUGAACAACAGCUUGUAGAUUGUGAUCAAAUGUGUGAUGUAAAGGAUAAGACUGCAUGUGACAAUGGUUGCAGUGGAGGCCUCAUGACGAAUGCCUAUAAGUAUUUGAUCGAGUCAGGGGGUUUAGAGGAUGAGAAUUCAUACCCAUAUACAGGGAGACGUGAAGACUGCAAAUUCAAACCAGAAAAAGUUGCUGUUAAAGUUGUGAAUUUUACUAAUAUCCCCAUUGACGAAAACCAAAUUGCAGCGAAUUUAGUCCUUCACGGUCCUUUAGCUGUCGGGUUGAAUGCUUUCUUCAUGCAAACCUACAUUGGUGGUGUCUCAUGUCCAAUAAUUUGUGACAAGAGAUGGAUCAACCAUGGAGUUUUACUUGUGGGGUAUGGAGCAAAGGGCUUCUCCAUUCUCAGGUUUGGCUAUCAGCCCUAUUGGAUCAUCAAGAAUUCAUGGGGCAAAAGGUGGGGAGAACAUGGUUAUUAUCGCCUUUGCCGGGGCCAUGCUAUGUGUGGAAUUAACACAAUGGUCUCAGCAGUAGCAACUAAAGUCUACUAA